AUGCCCACCUUGACGCUCUACCGCAGCGAUGGAUCCUGCUCCAUGGUACCCCAUAUUCUCCUCAAAUACCUAAACAUACCGCACAGGUGCGUCGCGAUGCAAAGCAACGGCGGACCGCGGACGCAGCCCCACCUGGAGGCGGCAGACGGCAGCCUCUCGGCCGAGGACUACACCAAGAUCAACCACAAGGGCGUGGUGCCCACGCUGGUCGUGCAGGACGACGACGGCGGCACCGAGACCAUCAUCACCGAGCUGGAGGCCGUGACGACCUACAUCUCGUUCCUGGCCAAGGACAAGCACGUCUACGGCAGGACCCCGCUCGAGCGCGCCAAGGUGAUGGAAUGGGUCUCGUGGCUGGCGGGGACGGUGCAGAACAAGGGGCUGACGGCCGGCCUGGCCCCGUACAAGUUCACCACGGACGAGGUCGGCUGGCCCGGAGUCCAGAAGCUGGGUGAGCAGCGCAUGAGGGCCGCCUUUGUCAGGAUCGACGAGAAGCUGCGGACCGGCGACACCCAAGGGCUAGGGCUCGGGGUCGAUGGCUACUUCACCGUCGCCGACUUUUACCUGUACCUGUUUUACGUCUGGGGUUACUGGUUCAAGUACGACAUGGCCGACGAGUACCCGGCGCUUAGGGACUUGGUCAGGACGGUCGAGGGGUUGGAUGUCGUCAGGGAAGUUGUCCUACACGAUAAGCUCAAGCUCCAAUUCGCAGAGUACUAUGCCCUGUCGCGCAUCUACGCCAACAGGCCGCACAAGCUGCCGUCCGUCGACGCGUCCUUUGCGGCGACCGGCGGGGCGGGCGGUGGCCGCCACGGCAUCCUGUUCACCAACCGGAUCCGCAACUGCGAGGACGGGAUCGUGGUGCCCGAGCUCGGCGUCGCGUUCCUGAGCUGCGACCCCGGCCGCGACGGCUGGAACACCGUCAUGGGCUCGUUCGCUCAGGACCAAGACGCCAAUCCCGGCGGCCAGAUCUGGCUGUACCGCUACUCCAGGGACGUGGUCGCCGCCGACGAGGACGCGACCAUGAGGCUGCAGAGGCUCGGCCUCUCGGCCUUCCCGGAACCGAAGCUGUUCCACCCCAUCGGCAUCGCCUUCGACCACCCGACGGCGACGCUGUUCGUGCUGAACAACGACGUGCGCGGCCCGCGGCUGGAGGUGUUCCGCUACAGGCCGUCGAUAAUCUCCCCGUCGCUCAAGCACCUCGGGACCAUCGAGCACCCGCUGAUCUACUCGCCCAACUCGGUCGAGGUGGUCAGCAGCACCGAGCUCUACAUCACCAACGACCAUCGCUUCCCGGCCCGCUACCACCCGACCCUGUCCACCCUGGAGAACUACCUGCUCUUGGCAAAGGGUAGCGUCGUGCGGGUGAAGCUGUCGUCCAAGUCGUCGACUAUAGAGUCCAUCCGGACCGUCGCAUCGCUCCCUUUCCCGAACGGCAUCGCGCGUCUCAACGAGUCCACCAUGGCUGUGGCCUCGACCAACACGGCCAGUAUCCAUUUUUACAGCAUGCCGGCGGCGGCGGCGGCGACGACAGCGGGGGAGAAGAAGAAGGAGGAGGACGGAGAGGAAGAGCAGCUGGCGCUGACCGGCGUGGUCAAGUUGCCAUUUCUGCCUGACAACCUGUCUGUGGACGACAAGGGCAAGCUGUUGAUCGCGGGACAUCCCUCACCGCCGGAGCUGAACCAGGUCAGCCGGUCGCGGGCGCUGUGCCAGGACGAGCGGGCACGGAACCCCAAGGCCGAGGAGCCGAAACAUUGCCGCAAGGCCAUGGCGCCGAGUUGGGCGGCCGAGUGGACAGAGGCUGACGGGCUGAGGAAUCUGUACGUCUCCAGAGGCGCGGAGGCGGGUGGCUACGGGACGACUGCGACGGCUGCGAGGGACUCUGCGAGAGGGCUUGGAUUUCUGACUGGGUUGUACGACGAGGGGAUUUUGGCAACCGCAGUUGCUGCAGAAGGAGCGCCCGAUCCCGCUGGCGAGCUCUCCGGUGCCGUCGACAUGCGUCUUGGUGACGGAGUCGGGGUCGUUAUAGGUGACAUUCUAUUUGCGGUGCUGGUCGCUUUUAAGGCAAGUGAACCUCUGGACAAGACAAUCGACCCGGACACGCGGAGCUUACCAAACUAG